AUCAUGUAGAGGGCGCUAGCAAGUUUUACAUUGACUAACAUGCUUGUUUAAGGCCUCUAGUAAACUUUAGCCUGUAAGCAGACCAACACGUUGAAUCUGAUAAUUAAAACUGACUUUAUAUAGCUGUUAUUUACUUCAGAUCACACAGAUUUGAUCUAAUUAGAUUUUUAAAGCCAAGGUAUUUGAAUAUAUGUUCGACUGUAGCAGCAUGCUAACCGACUCUUUGCAGUUAGCAGCUAGCUAGCUAGAUGUUAGCAGCUAUUGAUACCGAUGUUAGCCCCAGUUUGUGAGCAGAUUUCAGAAUGUAUGUGUAACAAAAUAUGAAACGUGUUUUAGCUUGUUUAAAGUAACCAGGCUAAAUGGAGUUUUAUUCAGAGCUGUCGGAUGGCUGUCCUUCAAAUGUUGACACGGAGUUCAUGGACACCCCGGCAUACGGUGGAUACUCUGAGGAGAGCAAGUUUUCAGAAGGCAGCGACAGUUAUCUGACUAUCAGUGGAGCUGGACAUCAUUUCCUAUCCUCAGAGCAGACAUUCCAUACUCCUAGUCUCGGAGAUGAGGUUUUCGAGAUCCCCCCGAUAUCCCUGGAUCCAGACCAAGCUCUGAGCAUCGGUGAGGUGUCCCACUUUGACCUGACUGAUGGCUCUGAGGAUACCAGUGCAUCUUCUGGCUCCAGAAGCCUGGUGAGCAACCUGGUGGUGGAGGCUAAUGAUCCAUCCUUCGCCUCCACCUUCGUGAACUCUGGAUCUCGGGGUCUGGACCAGCUGAACCUUAGGACAAUGGCCCAAGCUGGAGGGGGAGCUCUGCUAAGCUCCUCUGCUCUGGAAAUGGGGAAUUCUAGCGGCUCACAUUUCAGCCGCUCUCCUCCCAUGACCAUUGAUGUUCAGCUGAGUGACUUAGGUCAUGGUCUUCUGGAAGGCAGUCAGCUUACCAGCAUAACCCCGUCAGAACUGUCGCUGGGACUCGGUGGAAGUAACACAUGCCAUCAUUCAGACGCACCUGAUCAGUCACUGUUAAUAUCUUCGUCUCCAGUUGGUUCCCUGCAGGAUGAGGACAUGGAUGACUUCAAAAGAAGCCUUCUAGACUCCCCCGUGUCUCUCUCCUCCUCCCAGAUCUUCUCCCCCAUGUCCUCCCACCCCACGCCCCUAUCCUCUGCCUCCGCAACAGCAGCCAGGAGAGGCGGAGGCAAACCUGCUGUUCUGGCCUCGGGAACUGACGCAGCAGCAGGAGGAAGGAAAGGAAGGAAGAAGAAGGAUCCUAAUGAGCCACAGAAGCCAGUCUCCGCUUACGCGCUGUUUUUCAGGGACACCCAGUCAGCCAUUAAGGGCCAGAACCCCAGCGCCUCCUUUGGGGAGGUGUCAAAGAUCGUGGCGUCCAUGUGGGACAGCCUGGCGGAUGAUCAGAAACAGGUUUACAAAAAGAAAACAGAAGCAGCCAAGAAGGAGUACUUAAAGGCCUUAGCAGCAUACAAAGCCAGCCAGCUGUCACAGCCAGCUACUGUGGAGAUGGAGAUCUCUUCCCCUGUGAUUGAUCUGACCACCGCAGCCCAAUGUCCUGUAGGCCAACAGGCCACUCUCCUGCCCUCAGCUAACAGCAGCAUGGAGGCCAACACCAAUAUCUGUGGCUCUAACAUCAUCCUGGACGUCCCAGAGGUGACAACACUUUCCCACUCAGGAGCAAGCCAAGCCACCGCUCCAGUAUCCGUCCUGCCUCCAGGCCAGACCAUCACCAAGAUCAUAAUCCCGAAGCAUCUUUUGCAAGGCGGGGGUCAGGUGGUGACCCUGCUAUCUGGAGGGGUUGGCGCUGCGCAGCCAACUCUCCUGGUCUCGAGCGCCGCCCGUCAGCCGCCGCCUCUGCAGCAGAUGCAGAUUGCGCCGCCCCCUCCGCGGCUGCAGCAAAUGGCGCCAGCCCCGCCGCCAUUACAGGCUAAACCCAGAGAAGGAGUGACGACGCUAAGCCAACCUGUUACAAUAGCGGCAACAUCUCCACCUCCACUCCAGAUCAAAAUAGUUCCUGCGUCCGUUCAGGACAGAUUGGCUGCUUCUGUUGUUGUACCCAGCAUAGCAGCUGCAGCUACGUCUGUGCAGGUGGUGAAUGAAGGAAAAUCUGCCGCAGUUUCAGGUGACGACGAUGUCACCGAGGUGCUGGAUUCAGACGAGGAUGUGAUGGAGGUGAGUGCGUCCGCCGGUGCCGCCACUGUGAAGAGCAUGUGUGUAAGAGCAGGCUGCACAAACCCAGCGGUGGACAGUGAAGACUGGGACAAGGAGUACUGCAGUAAUGAAUGCGUGGCCACUCACUGCAGCGAUGUCUUCAAGGCGUGGUGCUCCAUCCGGAACCAGAACCUGGGGACAGUGAAGUGAAGGCCCACCACCAAUCACACAGACACAGCGGCUGUUUUUGCCACUAGCACUAGCUGGCUGAAAAAAAGACUGAACAAGGAUAAGUGACUGUUGUCAGUGCUUUGUAUGUAAAUUGGACUUUUAACAGGAGAACAGACAACAAGAAUCGGUCAAAUCGAUCCUGAAUCCCUCUCAUCUGCUGUUGACCUCAUCAUGGAAAUCUGUUGAGCGUCAGGUCAGGUAUCAGAGGACGUCAAGGCAGCUAGUAUAGUUUGAAAAGUUACUUACAAUUUUAAAGGAGCGUAAAGGAGAAACUAGAUCAGUUUCUAGUAAUGAGUGAAACAACCAUUUCUAGAUCAGUUUAGCAGAAAAUGCCUUCAUGUGUUUAUAUGUGUUUAUUUGACACAGAAUAAUGCCUUUAACUUUUUUUUUUUUUUUUUACAAAUUUUGAUCAGGCGGUUUAGUUGUUUAUCAGUGUUCGAUUCUCAUGUUUUUUAUUAAAAACAAAAACCAUACCCAACCUA